AUGUCGACAAGGAAAUCCAAAUGGGAAUCUGACGAAGAGUCACCCAGCACACCCACCACUAAACGACACAAGAAAACGUCCACAGAAAAGAAACACCACACAUCACGCCAUGCUUCCCCUUCUGUCACCACCCAUGACACGUCAAAAACAAAAGCAACACCAGCACCAGCACCAGCAUUAGCCAAACCCAUGCCACGUCGUUCAACAAGUCGACCAUUUAUUGAGGGUUGUCGAAGUGUGGAUCGAUUCGAGCGUCUAAACAGGAUCGAGGAAGGAUCGUAUGGUAUUGUGUUUCGUGCACGAGACCGUGAUAGUGGAGACGUGGUGGCUCUGAAGAAGCUGAAGCUCGAUAAGGAAAAGAAUGGGUUCCCAGUGACCAGUUUACGAGAGAUCUACACCUUGAUCAAUGUCAAGCAUCCAAAUAUCGUUAAUGUACGGGAGAUUGUUAUGGGGAAUCAUCUUGAUCAAGUGUAUAUUGUCAUGGAUUUCAUUGAACACGACCUCAAGACAUUGAUGACGGAUAUGCGCACCCCUUUUCUACAGUCCGAAGUCAAGACAUUGAUGCUGCAAUUACUCUCUGCUGUUGCUCUGUUGCAUGACAACUGGAUCAUCCAUCGUGAUUUGAAAACGAGCAAUUUACUUUUGAAUAAUCGAGGUGAAAUCAAAGUGGCAGACUUUGGCUUGGCACGCAAGUACGGUAGUCCAUUAGGUCAUAUGACUCAGCUGGUCGUUACAUUGUGGUAUAGAGCACCCGAGCUUUUGCUAGGCACCAAACAAUAUACCACGGCGGUGGAUAUGUGGUCCAUUGGAUGUAUAUUUGCUGAGCUGAUCAACAAUGAACCUCUGGUAUCAGGCCGUAGCGAAAUUGAUCAAAUAGACAAGAUAUUUAAAUUAUUGGGUGCACCCAACGAGAAGAUCUGGCCAGGAUUUAUGGAACUGCCCUAUGCGAAAAACAUCUCUAUGAACAACCAAUCAUCAUAUAGCAGCUUGCGUAGUCGAUUUCCUUAUCUCACAGAAGCCGGUCUAGAUUUGCUGUCCAAACUACUUACAUAUGAUCCUGAGCAGCGUAUCACAGCCGAGCAAGCUCUCAAUCAUCCCUAUUUCAGUGAGAGUCCUCCUCCCAAAGAUCCUGCAUUAUUCCCGACUUGGCCAUCCAAAGGAUCUGGUGAAAAGAGGAAGAUAUACAGCCCGUCCGCACCACAAGGCGUCCAUUCAGGCUUGGAUGAUGAUAACGAUCCUACCUUGGCGGGUACCUUAUUUGCUGGACAGUCUGAAUCAGCUGGUUUCCGAUUAAAGUUGGCUUGA